UGACAAUAUACUAGUAAGCUUGGUAAGCUCGGCGAGUGACGCAUGACAAAUGAGAGUGGAGAACCCUAAAUUAGUGGUUAAACCUGGUGCUGGAAGGACUGUUCACGCAGAUGGAGAUGAAUGAGAUGGUAGCAGAGGCAAAAAGAAGAAGAGCGCCCAUAGCCGCGCAUGCACAGGACCCAGAAGCGGUCAUCAUGGCUGCCAAGGCUGGCGUUACUUCAGUCGAACACGGCAGUAUGCCCAGCGAAGAAGCACUGCAGGCUAUGAAAGAAAAUAGUACGAUAUUCGUCCCAACGCUUUCCGUUUUCGACUCCGAGAUUCGUAGAGGAGGUGGCAAGGACUCAGAGCGUACUUUAGGGGCUAUCCUUGACCAUACGAAAGCGGCUUACGACAAAGGCAUAAAACUUGCCUGCGGCGGUGACACGGGUGCUAUUGCACACGGUGAGAACGCGCGGGAGAUAGAGCUAAUGGUGGAAGCGGGUAUCCCGAUAUCGGAUGUCCUGCAGGCUGCUACUCUACACGGCUGGGAAUCCUGUGGCGGAGACCUUUGUGGUAGGAGAUUUGGGUUAGUAGAAGAAGGUUGGGCUGCUGAUCUCAUCGCCCUAGACGAUAACCCGACAGAGAAUAUAGGGGCCAUAAGGAAAGUGAAAUUCGUAAUGAAGGAUGGAAAAGUGUAUAAAUGACAGGACUUGCGAAUGAUAUAGUAAAAUGCCUAUAUAUCCCAUCACUCAGUUGGUACUCUUCCGCCGCGACCCUGCUCCCGAAUGAACAACGAACCGUUUU